GCUCAGGACAAUAAUUUAUUUACAUUAAAUAACGCCAGCGAGAAACCAUAAAAAAACAUUCAAUUAAAAACAGACAGUGGAUCGUCAUAAUUUAUAAAUAUAGUUAAUAGACCCACCAUAUUUACCACCUGUAAACUCUGAGACUGACCGCCGCUCUACCCACUUAUUUCCGUUUCUGCGGUCGAGUGUCAGAAAAGUUCGCGAAUUUUCCGGAAUUUUCCCGAACGCGUCGCGAGUUUCCGGAUCCAGCGCGAGGGACAAAAUACACGCGCGCGCCAGACAUCAAAAUCCGAACCUUCAGAUUUAAAAAAAAAAUUGUUAUUAUUACGGGUUGUGAAUACUUCAUCAGUAUCGUGAACCGUCCGUAAUGUCUGUGCUGUGUUAUAAUAAAGGCUGCGGGCAGCGGUUUGAUCCAGAAAUCAAUCCGGAGGAUGCAUGUACGUACCAUCCUGGAGUUCCUGUGUUUCAUGAUGCUCUGAAGGGUUGGUCGUGUUGUAAGAGACGCACAACAGACUUCUCAGAUUUUCUUAGUAUUGCGGGCUGCACUAAAGGUCCUCAUAACAGCGAGAAGCCGCUUGAACCCGUGAAACCAGACGUGAAGAUCUCAGAAGAGAAGAAAGAGCUGGAGGAUCUGAAACCCAGGUUUAAUGAGUACAUCAUCCAGGCCCCCAAACCACUGGAGUUCAUCCAGAGACCCAGCGCUGAUGAGCCGCUGGUGGAGCUGCAGAGGAAAGUCUCCUCGUCUCUGAACCAGACGCUCGAGAAACUCAGACUCGCUGACGCCGCUCCGCUCCGAGAGAAAGAAGAGGAAGGAAGUGAGGUCAAAGUUGGGACGGCGUGUAAAAAUGGAGGCUGCUCGAAGACAUACAACGGACCAAAGACUGAUGAAGAAACGUGUUCGUAUCAUCCCGGAGUGCCCAUCUUCCACGAGGGGAUGAAGUACUGGAGCUGCUGUAAGAGGAAGACGUCUGAUUUUAACUCAUUCCUGUCUCAGGACGGCUGUAAUAAAGGAUCACACCAGUGGAGGAAACACACGGGGAACAAAGUGGCUCCAUGUCGAUUUGAUUGGCACCAGACAGGAAGUCAUGUGACCAUGUCUAUCUAUGCAAAGAACUCGAAUCCUGAGCUUUGUUCUGUGGAGGCGAACUGCAUCUCGCUGAAAAUCCGUCUGAUCUUUGAGGGAGAAAAAGAGUUUGAGCUGAAGAUGAGCCUGUGGGGGGUGAUUGACGUCAGUAAGAGUGUUGUUAACAUGAUGGCCUCUAAAGUGGAGGUGGUCAUGAAGAAGGCGGAGCCUAUAACCUGGGCACGGCUGGACACGCCCCCUCCAAAGCCUCAACCGACCAAUGAGAAGAAAGAGAAUCAAGACCAAGAGAAAAUGACCGCUUGACUCCCGCCGACUCGCUCAGGCUCUCAGACAGCAGUGAUCAACUAAACCUGGCAAAUCAGUGAGAUUAUUGAUUUAUUGAUUUAAAAAUCUGAUCAUAUAGAUUGUGUUGGAAGAGCACAUCAUGACUGUUCUUGCUUUACACUUUAAACAGUUUAGAUGUGAAUGAAAACAAAGCUGUGAGGGUCCGGGAUGAAAGUACAUUUAAACAUUCUUUAUAUAAUAUUACAGUAAUAUUAAAUCUUUAUCAAAAUAUAGUAAAUAUCAAAGUAUCGCAAACUAAAUAUAUUUAUUUCUUAUGUUCAUAUCACAACAGUCGACAGGUAAUAAAAAAUGUUACUAGUUGGUUUUAUUAAUCAGGAACUCGUAAUUACGGUGAUUUUAACAUGACAUCAAUGCAGCAUCACUUUUGUUUUUUCCACUUAAUUUGUGGAAAUGCUAAUUUCAUUGGGUGAACAUUUGGUUUAAUAUCUCUCACAGCCUUGUUUUCAUUGUGUCUGAUUUAAUAUGGCAUCUAAAGUCUUUCUAAAAUUAUUUCACUGAAUUAUAAAAUUUCAAUAUGGCAUUAAAACAGAUUUGGUCCAGUAAUUCUAGCUUUCCCACUGUUGAAGUGAGAGUAAGAUGAGUCCAAUUAAUGCACAUCAAAAUGUUUUAAAAAAGUGUCUUGUCUGUAUUUUGGUUAAUUCCUCUCAUGUUAGUGCUGUCAACAUUUAUAAAAGCAAAUAUACUUGUUGCCUUUUUGUUGUUUGUUUUGAUGAUUUACAGGCUUUAUUUUCAUGCACAUUCGCUUCCUAAACUACAGUCUCAGCUGAGUUUACGUUUAACAGUCUUAAUUCAGCUUGGAUUAGGUUUGCUUGUGUCAUGGAGUGGGAACUUUCGUUCAUGUUGUGUCAUGAAAGUAGUCGACAGGAAAAAUAAUUCACCUUCAGACACUUAUUCGGGUUUGUCAUUCUAGAAAUAAACUGCAGUAAAUCACUGAAAACUAGAAUGAAAUAUAAAUAUGUUUAUGUGCAUCUAAUGGAGUUUGAGACUCAUGUUACUGUAAACAUUAAAUUAUUCUACUGUA